AUGGCAGACAGAUCAGAACACGGGACGUACAGAUGUACUGCUACGAAUGUUGUCGGGGAGUCGACUACAGCCAUCAAUGUUACCAUACAGUACGGCCCCGGAACCUCCUCAGCUCUGUCCCCGUCCGACACUACCUACACCAGGACAGAGGGGGACACGUUACCGGACAUCACCUGCACAGCGGACUGUAGACCUGGCUGUACCUUUGUCUGGACACGACCGGACAACACCAACUUUACUGUCUCACCUGUGUUGUCACUGGGACAACUGGACAGAUCAGAACACGGGACGUACAGUUGUACUGCUAGGAAUGUUGGAGGAGAUUCGACUAUAAUAGUCAGUAUCACUGUACAGUAUGGUCCUGGAACUAGUAUAUCAUUAUCACCACCAAACACUGCAUAUACUAGAAACGAAGGUGAUGCUUUACCGGAUGUGACGUGUGCAGCAGACUGUAGACCUGGAUGUACCUUUGUCUGGACACGACCGGACAACACAAACUUUACUGUCUCACCUGUGUUGUCACUGGGACAACUGGACAGAUCAGAACACGGGACGUACAGGUGUACUGCUAGGAAUGUUGUCGGGGAAUCGACUAUAAUAACUAGUGUUACCGUACAGUUUGGACCUGGAGACAGUGUUGUAUUUGAUCCACAACAAGACAGUGUAGAUAUUAUUGAGAAUCAGACCAUCUCAGAUGUCAGGUGUUCCGCCGACUGUAGACCAGCGUGUAGCUACACCUGGUCUAGAUCAGGUACAGAUUACACAAACCCACUGAGUCUGUCUGUGGCCACGAGGACCAAGGCCGGACAAUACACGUGCACAGCCAGAAACACUGUCAGUCAGGUAACAAAGACUUGGAACCUUAUUGUCAGAUUUCCACCACGAAUUAUCAGUCUUGAUUACACUGACGGUGAUUCUGACGUGGCUGAAAAUGGACCUAAGUCGCUAGUGUGUUCGGUGGAGAGUUUCCCUCUGUCCACAAUACAGUGGUUCUAUAAAGCCAACAACACACUUCUACUGACCACCCCAGACGUCCUGGAGAGUACCUACACCCUGACUAACGCUGACUGUCUGGACACCGGACUCUACACCUGUUCUGUCAGAAACAGUGUCUCUACCACAGCGGUCACCAGGGAUAUACCGAUCAACGUUCUGUGUAAACCACGUCAGGACCCAAGAGUUAAACUUAAUAACGAUUUUGGAUUAGCAACGACUGAGACUUUAGUCAUGAAUGUCAUGUUCCUCUCGAACCCACAACCAACUUUUUCUUGGUCUUUCGAAACAUCACCAGGCACAGGUGUUACAAAUCUUGUCAAUGGCAGAGACAAUUUUGAUAUUCAAGAUAUGUUCACAGUGACAAAUCUGUCUGCCGUAUCAGUCGGGACACGAACAAACAUACAAGCGUCCUGGUUUGGUGUAUACAAUGUAACGGCGACGAACAGUCAGGGCAGUGAUACACUCAGUUUUACUGCUGCAGCGAAAGGAAAACCAGACCCUCCGUAUGGGGGUUUAGCUAUGUGCCCUUUUGAAGAUCGAGCUACGCUGAGUUGGACAUCCGGAUUCAAUGGCGGGUCUAGUCAAACAUUUAUAGUUGGUAUACGGACAGAUACACAGAGCAGCAUACUGAUUGAUAGAAAUAUUAACCAGUCUGACCCAGGACGUAGCCAAAGUGUUACUACGACAGUUACAGGUCUGACAGCUGACACAAAGCAUUUCUUCACUGUAUAUGCUGUUAAUGAAUUUGGGAACUCAUCUUUGGUCCAGGAAGUUAACUGUACAACACAAGCACGUCCAUCUCUAGCCGAAAGUACAAAUGUAGCAGCAGUUGUCUUGCCGGUCACUGGUGUUCUUAUACUGCUGUUGACAGUUGGUGUUGUGAUUUUUGUCAGACGAAACCGACAACUGUGCUGUAUAAAUUGUCAACUUCCAAAGCAGACGGAAUUGCAGAAUGUUCAACUCUCAGAAAGAGACGGAAACCCUGAUAGAAAUAAUGAAAGAUCUCCAUAUCAACAACUUGAUCCAAAUGACAUUGCUAAGCCGUCCGUAUAUUCUGAACUUGGAGGGAUUCAGCACAUUUACCAAAACGAUACAGUCGGUGAUGGAGAGGGCAGACAGUACCAGUCUUUGGAGGGACGCUCCGAUCCGAACGUCUAUGAUGAACUUCACAGUUCAGCAUCCGGCGAUAAAGGAACAUAUGUCAAUACCGUCAUCGGCGGAAACAGGAAAUACCGAUACGGACGAGAAAACGUGUACAGAAGAUAUACAACAUGUCGUAUGGCAUACUGAAUUGUAUGUAAAUUAAAUACAAAUAUUUGUAAUCUGCUAAGGACAGAGUAUGAAAUGUCCUGGAUUUGAAUAGAAUAACUAUUGCCAGCUUCUAAUCAGGCAAAAUAAGUACGUCGACAGAUAAAGAUCAUAACAAGUAUAAAAGAAAGGGAUAUGAAUGUUGUUUUGUUGCAAAAACGUUAUACCUUUGUAGCCGCUGACUUGUCAACUGUAUAUCAUUAAACAAAACAGCGCUGUGGGAAAGUGAUACUUACCCAGUCAUCCCGUCAAUGUAUCCAGUGUCUGUACAUUAACAGGCAACUAUAUCGGGAAUACCUCAAUAACUAUUUGAUGUUUUACAUUCGACAAGUUGUUACAUUUUGCAGCCAGUUAAAGAUUCACUACUGUUAAAUAACAAUUCAACUUGGUUUUACUGAUUUUCCGUAUCAUGCUAAAGUUCCCUUCUUUUCUGAACUUGUGCCUUUUCUAAGACUGUAUAACUAAAGUAUGAAAUGCUGUCAUUCUUAAAGAAACGGAUUGAUCAAGUCCAAUAGUGACACUGUAAACAUUUUAAGAAUGUUGACCGGCAUUCAAAAACAACGGUAGAGAAUUCGUAGUAGAAAAGCCAUCACAUUGAUAAACACAUUUCAAGACAUACAUGCAGCUUUUAAGCACCGAUAUUACAUAGAGAAAUGUGAGAAGUGAUUUCCUUAUGCAUUUCAUUGUUUGCUUAUCAAAAAUAAAAUAUAGUUAUUAUUGUAGUACUUUUUCAUUAAAGUCACUAUCGGAAAUUUUUACAUUCGUAUUUGUUAUGCUUUAUUUUAAGUUUUAUUACUGCUUUGUUUAAUUGACGUUGAAUACUUUUCAAUAAAGUCUCUAA